UGUAUGCAUGUACAUCUGUGUGAAGGUGUCGGAUCUUGGAGUUAUGGAUGGUUGUGAGCUGCCAUGUGGGUGCUGGGAUUAUGAACCCGGGUCCUCUGGAAGAGCAGUCAGUGCUCUUAACCGCUGAGCCAUCUCUCCAGCCCCUCGUUUCUGCCUUUGUUGUUAUUGUUGUUGCUGAGUUUUUGUUGUUUAUUUGAAACAGGGUCUUGCUAUGUAGCUGGAGCUCUCAAAUUCUGGAGCGCUAGACUCUGAAGCCAGGACUGUGUUUAUUGGUGGUUUAAGGCUUGGGUAUGAUUAUGUGCUUGAAUACUCUGAGAGUUUGUGUGUGGUUUUGUGGGUGUUGGUUUUGUUUGUUCACUUGAAGAUAGUGCCUACCAAGCAGCCUAGUUUACCUAUAAUCCUCCUGUCUCUCUAGCUGCUAUACCUGUGUAUGGAUGGGUUUUUUUGUUUUUUGAAACAAUGUCUCUCUGACCUGGAACUCCCUAUGUAGGCCACAAACUCACAGAGAUCCUCCUGCCUCUGUCUCCUGAAUCCUGGGAUUAAAGCCAUGGGCCACCAUGCUUGGCUUGUAUAUGAAAUCAUAUGUGUUUAUCUCUGCCUUCCUGGUACCUGACUGUUGUGUGACAAAACUUUUCCUGGGGAGACAAACACACUUCUCUACUCAUCCCAGAUGAAGAGCUCGUGACAGAUGAAACCGCACAGGUUUUGCUUCUGGUGGACCACUAAGAGUGGAGGCCUGCAUCCUUGGCUGUUCCAGGUUAGGAAGAAGAGCGGGCUUUCUCUGCCUGGCUCCUGAUUGCUCAUCAGCACUGGAGGAUCUGCUCUGCCCACACACUGUCCGACUUCGGAGCUAGAGGGUGAGGCCUCCAGAAGAGUUCCACAGAGUCAAGAGGCUGUGUGAUACAGAUCUUCAUGAGCCGGUACCAGGCCGCCCUGCUGGGUCUAGGCCUGGUACUCAUGCUCCUACUGUAUGUGGGGCUGCCUGGCCCACCUGAGCAGACUCCCCAGCUCUGGAGAGGUUCCAAUGUCACAGUCCUGGCUGGUCUCACCAGAGGCAACUCUCAAAUUUUUUACCGUGAGGCGCUGCCAAUCCAGCAGACACAUAGGCCACAAGUUGUGUUUCUCCACGGAAAGGCAUUUAAUUCCCACACAUGGGAGCAGCUGGGCACGCUGCAGCUACUGUCAAAGAGGGGUUACCGGGCUGUGGCCAUUGACCUUCCAGGUUUUGGGAACUCAGCAUCUUCAAAGGAGACAAGCACUGAGACGGGUCGAGCGGAGCUGCUGGAACGAGUGCUGCGGGACCUAGCGGUGCAGAAUGCUGUAUUGGUGAGCCCCUCGCUGAGUGGCAGCUAUGCCCUACCCUUCUUGAUGCGAAGCCACCACCGGCUACGUGGAUUUGUGCCCAUUGCACCCACCUCCACCUGGAAUUACACACGGGAACAAUUCUGGGCCGUGAAGACACCAACUCUUAUCCUCUAUGGGGAACUGGACCACACCUUGGCCCGAGAGUCACUUCGGCAGCUCCACCACCUGCCCAACCACUCCGUGGUAAAGCUACAUAACGCGGGCCAUGCCUGCUACCUCCACAAGCCGGAAGCUUUCCACCUCGCCCUUCUUGCCUUCCUUGACCAUUUGCCUUGAAUGAACUCACUUCCCAGGACUGACCUUGAAGGGUCUAGACCAUCUCUUUCCUCUUCCAGGAUGGUAGUCCUUGACUGGGAUUGGGGGAUAGAGGAUCAAGCCUAGCCAGGACUUUUGAUUUCAUUUCACAGGCACAAUAAAGAAAAGCCUCUUUGUCUCUCCUGGA